CUUCUCCUCUCCCUCCGGCCGCCUCCUCUCUCCCGCCAAUCCCAUCUGCCCUCGGCCGGCCAACUCCUCCUCCUCCGGCGCCGCCGCCGGCCCCGGCCCGGCCGCCGCUUCUCCUCCUCCCCCGCCCCGCGCUUCGCCGCGCAGCACCACGUCCCCGACUUCCAGUCCGCCGACGGCCUCGCCCGCGACCUCCUCGCCCGGGCAGAAAGCCUCAUCUACACCCUCGCCGAUGCCGCCGUCUCGUCCCCCGACGCCGCCGCCGAGGGUUCGAAGCAGAGCGGCGAUUGGCUGUCUGGCAUCACCACCUACUUGGAGACCGUCCUCAAGGUUCUAAAAGAUGGGCUCUCAGCUCUACAUGUGCCGUAUGCAUAUGGAUUCGCCAUCAUUCUCCUCACAGUUCUUGUCAAGGCAGCAACUUUUCCUUUAACAAAGAAACAGGUCGAAUCAGCAUUGGCAAUGAGAUCACUUCAGCCUCAAGUGAAGGCAAUCCAGCAACGCUAUGCUGGUGAUCAGGAAAGAAUACAACUUGAAACUGCUCGCUUAUAUAAAUUGGCUGGUGUUAACCCUCUAGCAGGAUGCUUGCCUACUCUAGCUACAAUACCAGUUUGGAUUGGACUGUACAGAGCACUCUCGAAUGUUGCUGAUGAGGGACUCCUUACUGAAGGGUUUUUUUGGAUACCUUCUUUGGCUGGUCCUACUACAAUUGCAGCCCGACAAAAUGGAAGUGGGAUCUCUUGGCUUUUUCCUUUCAAAGAUGGUCAUCCACCUCUUGGAUGGUCAGACACAUUCGCAUAUCUUGUUCUACCCAUUCUUCUGGUUAUCUCACAGUACAUAUCAGCUCAAAUCAUGCAGCCAUCACAGGGUAAUGAUCCAAGCCAGAAAAAUGCUCAAGCUAUAACCAAGUUCCUUCCCUUACUGAUUGGUUACUUCGCUCUUUCUGUUCCAUCUGGACUGAGUCUAUAUUGGUUGACAAAUAACAUAUUGAGCACAGCACAACAAGUAUGGCUUCAAAAGCUUGGGGGUGCAAACAAUCCUGUCAAAGAAUACAUUGAAAGAGUAUCUAGCGAUGAAACAUCCAACAUUGAGAAGUCCAGAUUAAACAUCCCAAAGGCAAUCCCCAAACCUGAACCAGAAAAACCAAUCUCUAGUCAACGUACAACUUCUGAUGGAUCCAGGCGUGGUGAAAGAUUUAAACAAAUAAAAGAGCAAGAGGCGAGGAGAAGAAAACAAAGGGAAGAAGAGAAGAAGAGAGCAGAGCAGGUGGUAGAAGAUUCUCGAGCUGUUGUUGAACAACAACAUUCGAAUGUCAUAACAACACAGAACAAAGAUACACAGGAUCAGGAUCAAGAUCAAGUAAGUUCACAGAUGUCAACAAGUAACAAUGGUGGACUUUCCCAUAGUGCUGAUUCCAUGACAGCAAAUAGCAAGAAUCAGAAUGGAAAUGCGUACAAGGAAGAGAGUGAGGUGAAUGCCUCAACAGACAAACAGGCUUCGUGCAAUGCUCGUGAUUUGAGAGACUCAGAAACCGAAAGAAAUGAAGCUUAGGGAUUCAGCAGCUAAAAUUAUUUGUAGUCACUGGUCACACAAAUAAUUCCACGCUUCGCGUCUCAAAAUGCGAUUUGGGAAUUGGGAGAGCUGGUGCUAUCUUUCACAAUGUCUGCAAAGUUGAGCUGUCCCGGUGCACCAAGAAGCUGAUUAAAUUGCUUUAAUUUAUAAUUCUGGACCCCUUAGCUGUAAAAUAUGUAGCUGAAACACUAGUAUAGAAUAAAUUUUCCUUCCCAUGCAAUAGGGUGUCACAGAAUACUUAUCAGAAUAUCCUUAAUACGUACUUCAUCUGAUAGACAAGCUUUAUAUUAGGUAAAUCUAGCAUAAUAUUUUUGCAUUUUGGUUUUCGCAGCCUUAUGACUGAGAGUAUGAUUUACCUAACUGUUUUGUUCCAAUAAUGUCUUUGUGGGAUGUUACUAUUUGGGCCAUUUAGUUUGGUUAGAAUUUGUCGUCGUAA